GUCGAUUGGACAGCUCCCGAUGCGGUGAUGAACUUCUACCUGUCCAUCCCCGACCACAGGUUGUGCCAUAGCAAGUUCGAGAAGGUUAACUUGGGCAAGUUUCAGCACCCAGUAAGUUGUGGGAACAAGAGCGUGUCGUCCUUCUCGCUCCGCGGCUACUUGUUCAACGUGGCCGCGCUCUCGCUCGGCUUCCAUGGGGUUGACCGCAGGAAGGCGCAAUCAGCUAUGCAGGAUGGUAUCAAGGAGGUCUCGUCGUCAGGUGGCUUGCCCUCGAAACCGUCAUUAAAGCAGCACGCGCACGAGAGCAUCACCGCCAGCUGCGCCAACCAGUUGGACAAAGCUGCAUACAUCUACGGGGACUACACGAACCUCGAGAAGCAGCGCCUCAUCCUGGCCGUCCUGACGCCGACGCAGACCUACCAUGGAAGGCAGAACCAGACCUUGAGAGACGCCAAGUCCACGGUACCUUGGGAGAUUGAUAUGUGUUCGGGCGGCUUCGCUAAGUGCGAACAGUUAUCCAUGACCACAAUUAGGUACCGCCGAAUCUACCGCAAGAUGGGUAUUGAAUCGUCCUGGGGGCCCAUGAGGCUGUGCUUGGCUGACCCGAGGCUCCAGAAGUCGGAGGAGCAUGUGCAGUUACUCGUUGAUCUUGUGUUCCAGAUCGUUUUGGAGCACACCAAGAGGAACUUGGUCUUCAGUCACGGGCUCCCGCGGAGACAGUGCCUCUGGCUCUCAGGGGACGGCCGCGCAGCCGAGUUCCUCAAGCGCCUCGAGGCUGACAAGGAAAUCUACAUGGUUCUGAAGACGUGCACGUUCGAAGGGUCGGAGCUGAUGGUCAAGAGGAGCUUGUUUGCCAAGCCGUCCGUCAAGCACUUGUUGGCAUGCGUUGAGGCGGAGAACUGGUUGCCGUCGGAGAGGCUGCGGAGCCACAUCGCCGAGAAGUGCCAGAGGAUCAUCGGGUCGCAGAUCGUGGAAGACACCUUCAACAAGUGCAAGAAGAAAAUUGACUGCCAGACCAACACCCUUACGGGCCCCAUCUCGAUGAUGGCCACGGCUCUGGACUCGAAGGUCAUCAGUAAGACUCAUCGGUAUGAGGAGCUUGUUCCGAACUCUGUCGUUGUUCCCAGAGAUUGUGUUUUGGCUAACAGCGUAUGCCACGCCCCGCUUCUGCGGAAAAACCUGGAGCCUAGCACUGCCAGCCUGGAGUUAUGGAAAAUCGCAGGGUUCGGCGAUGCUGGCUGGCAUUCGCCAGGUGCGGCGGGAUACACCGUCCCAUGCGCCGACAUCGAAGUUUGCCGCCAGGCGUCCUCAGCAGGCAAGAUGAGCUUGAUCAACCAAGCCAUCUUCAGCCAGCUCGUGCACCAAGGCCUCGUCGUUCGAAAGAAGGGGGCUGGCUCGCCGUGGAAGUGCGCUGUUGGUUGCGUUGAUGGGCGCCUCGCCGUCUUGUGGCCAAUGAAGGAGGUUGGGCCCAUGAAGUGGUCCUUCGACUGCACUGGCACUCGGGAGCUCGUGGCGGUCUUCGAUGAUGAGGAAUGGGAGGCCACACCCGUCGUCUUUACGUCGCCGAUGCGGCAGGCCAUCGAGUCGGAGCUGGUGGCGGAGGGCCGCUCCCUGACCGCACUCGACGCGGAGGCGUCGGACACGCACGGCGACUUGGUGGUUCUCGUGCAGGCCGAGGGCGACGGGAAGGUGAUGUCCCUCAUGCAUGCUGCCCUCAUGAGCGGCUUCUGGGCGUUGCCUGUUUCAUAUAUGAUGGCCGUUUGCGCGUUGAAGCGCUGGGACGUGACGACUAUGUCGUUGGCGGGCCUCCUGACGACAAUUGCUAAAAAGGCGUUGCCGAUCUAUUCGGAUGCGAUCCUUGCGCAGAUACUUGCCAGGCGCAUCGGGACGAUGGACUCUCAGCAGCACAUGGAGGACAUUAUGGAGCUGGAGUGGGUGGCUGACAUCUUCGACAAGACGGUGGCCGAAGAGAUCCAGCAGCAGGCCAACACCGCGAAGGCCCACAAGUCGCUCAG